CUAAACCCUAACCGGCUACUCUCUCCUAUAUUCGAAUUGGCUCGUUUUUGUUAUCGUUUACAAUUUACUGGACCAAAAAUAGAUUUGUUUCCCAAUUUAAAGCUCUGAUUGUCUGAAUUCAGCUUGUUGCAAAGAAUGGAUUCUGAAGCAAACGCUUAUAGACCUCCACCAGAAUUCGUAGAAGAUUCUUCUCAACAACUCGUCGAUCUUACACUAACGGACUCUACGGAGCUUUUCCUUAUCCAGUGGCCGGUUCAUCAACAACCUGAAAUUAAUGGCGAAGUAGUAACUCUUCAGCUCGAUUCUGAUGGAAAAUUAGGCAGUUUUACAGAUUCAAAUGGAAAAGCUUAUGAUCUUGUUGGCAGUGCAUCUAAACAGCCUGAUGCAACAGUCAUCUUAUCCUCUGGAUCGGAGUCUAAAAUCGUUGGGAAGAUUUCACGUCGAGUUUCCCUCGUACAUUAUACGACUCCCGAAGAAUAUGAAAUGCUCAGUUCUGAGAAGAAACUGAUACAUCAAAGAUCCUCUGGGAUGACUGAUUCUUCCAAUCCCUUUGUAACUCCGAUGCAAAGUAAAGGGAGGAAAAGUUCACAGUCGAUGGGGCGUACCGUCAGCACCCACGGUAGUCGGCAAAAGAGUACUUUCUCCGGAAUGAAUGAACUAUCUAAUCCUUCGAAAAGAAAGCACGAUCGCGAAUCUAUAGGAUUGAUGAACCAACCGACACAGAGUCACGAGACGACUCCGGUUUCAGGGUCUUCGAAGCAUAGAAAUGCCCAGGAAUCAACUGGGUCCUUGGAUCAUUCUCAUAAAGGUAAAUCAAGGAAGAAAGUGAAAAAUGAGGAAUAAUGUGUCGUCUCUUUGCCACAAGAAUUGAGAGGUGUAUUUUUAAUCUAGGGUAAACUACACAUUUAGUA